AUGUCAAACAGUGGGCUUUGCCACACUAAAGUACGUUGUCGAGCGUUAAUCGAAAAUAAAAUUACUCAUAGUUGGCCGUGCCUGUCAAACUUCGGGUUGUACUACUGCCGUCAGUUUGACAAAAAGAAUGUCAACAUCAACCAAAUCAUAAGUCAGACGUGUCAAUUCCAGAUCACAGUUCCUACCAUGAUUUGUAACCCAUGUUCAGAAACAAACAAAAACAGCGACUCUGACGAUAUUACCAAAAGUCAAAAACCACAAGAACCCGUUUUUCUCAAUGUCUACGACAUGUAUAAACUGAAUGAAUACACUAGCAACAUUGGGUUCGGGGUAUUCCAUUCGGGAGUUGAAGUUUAUGGAAGAGAAUAUGGUUAUGGGGGCCACCACCACAAUUACAGUGGAGUUUUUGAUAUGGAACCCCGAAAUGAACAAAUUCUCGGCGACUUUUUUAACAUGAGAGGCCACCUACAAUUUAGACAGACCAUUCACAUAGGGUAUACAAGUUUCAUUUUGGAAGAAGUAGAGAUGAUAAAAAAUCGACUGGGAAGAAAAUUCCGAGGAAAUAAAUGCAACUUGAUUGGUAACAACUGCAACCACUUUUCUGGAGCCUUUACAAAAAUUCUGUGUAAGAAGAACAUCCCUGGAUGGGUCAACCGUUUAGCCAACGUUGGCAGUUUUAUCCCGUUCCUAAACAAAAUUCUGCCAACCGAUUGGGUCAACCCUAGCAUUUGGGCCCCCAUGUAA